AUGAUUCCUCUUUCUCUUUUACCAGAAGCAAAUAAAGUCUGCAACCUAAUGAUCUUCUCCUGUCUUACUUCAUUUGUCUUCUUGGCUGUGGUUUCAGUGUCUGCUUAUCAGUUUCAAGUUGGUGGUGAGAGAGGCUGGGUUAAGCCCACGGGAAACGAGACCGAGUCCUACGACGAGUGGGCAGCGAGAAACCGGUUCCAUGUUGGAGAUUCCGUCUAUUUCAAGUACCAAAACGAUUCGGUCCUUGUGGUGAACGACAUUGACUACAGAGACUGCAAUUCGUCAAAGCCGAUCUCCAAAUUUGACGAUGGGAACACUGUGUACCGUUUGGAUCGCUACGGCUUCUUCUACUUCGUCAGUGGGGUGCCCGGGCAUUGCAGAUCUGGCCAGAGACUGGUCAUCCGGGUCAUGGUGCAGAAUGAUGGGAUGGAGCCUCCAGAAUCCGCACCUCCCCCAAGAGCAGGCGGUGGAGGUGUUGGGAUUAACGGGUCGGGUUCGGGUUCUUUCGAGUUGGGACCUCCUACACCAAAUGCCACAGCUAGACUGUCUUUUACUUCUUAUUUCAUGACUGCCCUCGGUGGCGUGGUGGUCAUUCUUUAUUUGUUUAUGUAG